AUGGCUACGUUCAUGUGCAGGGUACAGUUCUUAGAUGAUACUGAUCCAUUCAACAGCACCAAUUUCCCCGAGCCCACCAGACCACCUCUCUACACUUUCAGGGAAGAUAUUCCUCUGAUCAAUCAGAUCGCUGGAGUCCACAGGCUGCUGAAAGCCCCACAGAAGCCUGACGACUGUGCCCUUCAGCUGUCACAUAAUGGAAGCUACCUGGACUUGGAGUCUACCCUGGCAGAGCAGAGGGAUGAACUGGAGGGAUUUCAGGAGGAAGGAGGGAGAGGGAAGAAACACAGCAUCAUUCUCCGAACACAGCUGUCGGUCAGAGUUCACGCCUGCAUCGAAAAACUCUACAACUCAACUGGACGUGAGCUACGACGAGCCCUCUUCUCCCUUAAGCAGAUUUUUCAGGUAAUUAUUUCUCUCUCCUAUCUUCUUGCUUCUCCCCAGGAUGACAAGGACCUGGUGCACGAGUUUGUGGUGGAGGAGGGACUGACAUGUUUGAUAAAAGUGGGAGCCGAAGCCGACCAGAACUACCAGAACUACAUCCUCAGGGCUCUCGGACAGAUAAUGCUAUACGUGGAUGGGAUGAACGGCCUGAUAUCUCACAAUGAAACGGUCCAGUGGCUUUACAGCCUGGUCGGAUCCAAGUUCCGUCUGGUGGUGAAGACGGCGCUGAAGCUGCUGCUGGUGUUUGUGGAGUACACAGAGUCCAAUGCCGCGCUGCUCAUUAAGGCUGUGAACGGUGUGGACGCCAAAAGAGCUACAAAGCUGUGGUCAAACGUCGUGGAGAUCCUCGACGAGAAGGAUGGAGUGGACACGGAGCUGCUGGUGUAUGCGAUGACUCUCAUCAAUAAGACUCUGGCAGGCCUCCCCGACCAGGACUCCUUCUAUGACAUGGUGGACUGUCUGGAGGAGCAGAGCAUCGAGACCAUGGCCCAGAGACACCUGAGCAGGAAGGGCACGGACCUCGACCUUAUAGAACAGUUCAACAUCUACGAGACGACAUUGCGCCAUGAGGAUGGUGAUGAUGAAGCCCAGCCGCCUCCCAGCGGCCGAAAGGACCGCCGACGGUCUAGCGUUGGCGGCACCAACGAAAGACGAGGCCUGGAGAGAAGACGCAGCCGGAGACAUUCGCUCCAGAACAGCAGAGGCCACGCCUCCGCCCCAGCAUCGCCCAGCAGCCCGCACACACGUGCAGGCAGCUUCCUGCCAUUCAGUGGCCAAGGUGUUGAAGACAUCAAGGAGGAGGAAGAAGAAGAAGAGGAAGAGGAGGAUGCGGAGGAGGAGGGAGAGGAGGAGGAGGAUGAGGAGGAUGAGGAGGAUGAGGAGGAAGAGGCAGAUGAUGAAAGUCAUCCAGUCACUGAGUCCUCUAGACAGGGCGCUCACAGUCUGACAGAUACAAACGACUCUUCUCCAUCUUACUCAGCUAGAAAGCCUUGCUGGGCUGACAGAAUCAAUGCCAAUGGCACUCCGUACCCAGGCAGGCACCAGGCUCCCGCGUCAGCCGCCCAUCGCUUCUCCAGUUCAGCGGCCUCCGCACCAGAGCCCAAGCCUGACAGACCCACUUUAGGGGGCUUGCUAACGUCGUCGUACCGACAGCAUCAAGAAUCGCUGGCUGCAGAGAGGGAACGGAGACGCCUGGAAAGAGAGGAGCGUCUGCAGAGAAUCGAAAGAGAGGAGAGGAAUCGCUUCAAUCGAAACUACGCAGACAAGCUGGAGGAAGUACGACAAGCCCGGGAAGAAAGGUACAAGGCUGUGGAGAGGUUAGCUACAGAGGAGAUUGAGCGGGAGCGACCUCGAGCGCCAACACGCGGACGGACAGAGAUCACGUUGUGUUUGAGUUCCAAUCCCGCCAGCCGCUCGGUGUCCCGCUGUGCCACGCCCUCGUCCAUUAUCUCACAGGAAGACGCCGUCACCACUGCACAGCAACCGUCAGGAACAGACCACAUCUCAGAGCCAAACCUUGACCCACAGACAAGGACCAAAAGUCCUGAGCCAGAAUUAACAGUAUCAGGAGCUCCCCCCACACCUCCCUCCUCCGAGCCAGAGAAGCAGCAGACUGAGCCAGAGUCGCCGGCAGAGACGGAGGAUGUUGCUGAGUCUCACCAGAAUGUAGUGGCAGAGCCGGCAUCAGAUGAACAGUCCGGCAAGGAGAGAGAGGAGAGACCGGAGCAGGAGAAGCCUGAGGAGCAGGAACAGUGCAGGGAUGAGGCAGAGGUGCAAGAGCAGGUAGAAGAAGCGGAGGUAGCACACGUUGCAGAGGUAAGAGAGACAGAUGUGGAGGUGGAUGUGGAGUUAGAGGAGGAGUGUGAGAAGGAGCAGCCGAUGGAAAGGGAUGUAGAAGAUAACGUACUGCUGAGUGAGAAGGAGAGACAGAAUGAGGAGGUGAAUGAAAAAGACAACUGCUCUGCCUCCAGCAUCUCCUCCACGAGUAGCACUCUGGAGAGAGAGGAGCGGGAGGAGAAGCUCGGCAGUGAUAUCGACGCAGGCCAAUGGAGUCAGUGCAUUAAAGACGCGGAUGUGAACGACCAGUGCAACAAAAUUCUCAACAGCAAGCGCUUCAUGCUGGACAUGCUCUACGCUCAGACGACGACCAACGUGGAUGAGGAGAAUGUUGCCGAGACAGAGAAAGAGAAAUGUCAGUGCGAGAAGGAGACGGAGCUCAGUGACUCGGCGGUGGCGAGCUUGGCCAGCAGGAUCUCCACCCUGGAGGCUCACAGACAGGCCAGAGAGGACAAUGUGAAAAAGAUGGAGGUGGGACAUCUGGACAACCAGGGCAGUGUCCGAGCGGUGGCGGAGAAGUUUGGAGAUUUGGUCAAAGGGUUGGCUUCUCCAGAGGUGGAGGCCUCAAAGGAGCAGCAGCAGCAGACGGACAAAUCCUCGUCGACCGCUGCCUCAUCAGCUUUACCUCCAAAGAAAGAGUCGGAUUAUAUCUGGGAUCAGCUGAUGGCGUCUCCCAGGGAGCUGCGGAUCAAAGAAAUUGACUUCACGGACCUGAGGGAUGAGGACGACCUGGACAUUUUAGAUAUGGACACUAUCAUGGGGUCAAGUGACCUGAUACCACCGCCUCCCCCUCCUCUGUGCAACGCUGGCCUGCCACCACCCCCGCCGCUGUUUGGGUGCCCGCCGCCUCCCCCCAUGCUUGGUAAAAUGAUGCCGCCGCCCCCACCGUUCAUGAUCCCUAUCCCUCCGCCCUCCCCUCAGCUCAGUCGAGGGGAGGUACCUCUCUUCCAGAAGAAGAAGAAGACCAUCCGUCUCUUCUGGAAUGAGGUUCGUCCUGUGGACUGGCAGUGUAAGAGCCAUAAAUUCUGUAAAGAGUCCCUCUGGUCCAAACUGGAGCCAAUUAAACUGGACACGUCCAAACUGGAGCAGCUGUUUGAGUCUAAAUCCAAGGAGCUGCCUGUCACAAAGAAAGCAGCUGUUGAUGGAAAACGACAAGAAAUCAUCGUCCUGGAUUCGAAACGGAGCAACGCCAUAAACAUCGGCCUGACGGUCUUACCUCCACCCCGCACCAUCAAGACCGCCAUCCUCAACUUCGAUGAGUACGCACUAAACAAGGAGGGAAUUGAGAAAAUCCUGACAAUGAUCCCCACAGAGGAGGAGAAGCAGAGGAUCCAGGAGGCUCAGCUGGUCAACCCUGAUAUUCCCCUGGGCAGCGCUGAGCAGUUCCUCCUCACCCUCUCCUCCAUCACAGAGCUGUCUGCUCGCCUGCAGCUGUGGGCAUUCAAGAUGGAUUAUGAGCUUAUAGAGAAGGAAGUGGCCGAGCCGCUACAGGACCUGAAGGAAGGGAUGGACCAGUUGGAGAAAAACAAGACGCUCCGCUACAUCUUGACCACACUGCUGGCCAUCGGCAAUUUCCUCAACGGCACCAGUGCUAAAGGUUUUGAGCUGAGCUACUUGGAGAAAGUGCCGGAGGUGAAGGACACGGUUCACAAGCAGUCUCUGCUGCACCACGCCUGCGCCAUCGUGGUGGAGAAGUUUCCCGACAGCACUGACCUCUACUCAGAGAUCGGAGCCAUCACCCGAUUGACAAAGGUGGACUCUGACCAGCUCCAAGACAACCUUACCCAGAUGGAGCGAAGGUGCAAAGCAUCAUGGGAUCACCUCAAGGUCAUUGCGAAACACGAGAUGAAACCAGCGUUGAAACAAAAAAUGUCCGACUUCGUUAAAGACUGCGCAGAGAGAAUUAUCAUCCUGAAGAUUGUGCAUCGGAGAAUCAUCAACAGGUUUCAUGCCUUCCUGCUGUUCCUGGGCCAUCCAAUAUAUGCGGUACGUGAGGUCAGCAUUCAUCGCUUUAGCAAAAUCCUGAGCGAGUUUGCCCUGGAGUAUCGCACAACAAGAGAACGUGUGCUGCAGCAGAAACAGAAGAGGGCCAACCACCGAGAGAGGAACAAGACCAGGGGGAAAAUGAUAACAGAUAGUGAGGAUGACGAUGAUAGUGAGAGUGGUAAAUUUGGCAGUUCCCCGUCAGAUGCACCGGAGAGCCAGCCUCAGGGCAUCCAGUGCGCCGAAGACGCAGCUGAACAUGAGAACAUGAAGGCCGUGCUGAAGAGCAGCCUGUCGGAAGGAGGGAGUGGGACGUCCACGGUGCCGGGCCUCCGCACACGCACCAGAGCAGCCGGCGUCAGAGGGCGUGUUGCCCCAUGGUGCUCUGCCACUGACGACCCAGUCAACUGCACAGACGACACGGCCGAUGAGAUCAUGGAGAGGAUUGUCAGGUCAGCCACUCAGGGGCCCAGCCAGCGGACGCAACCUCGAGAGAGGAGACGAUCUCGCGUCAACCGAAAAUCACUGAGACGGACACUGAAGAACGGUUUGACGACGGAGGAGGCCAGCGCUCUGGGCUUGUCCAGUGGUUCGGAGAUGCAGGCUUGACGCAAGGGCUUCCUGAGGAGAGUGGAUAGAAGGCUGAACCAAGAUUUGAUUCACGAGCCUGCAGGGCGGAGGGAGCAAAAACAGAGCGCCGCAUUCAAACCACCGAGCUUUGCUGUUGCUGGAUAAACAUCGUCGAUCUGCACUCACAAGGCGUAAUCACCAUCAUCCCUCGAACGGGACAUCGCUCACAAACACCCGCGCUUAAAGUGUAUUUUUUAAGG